UUUUCCUCUUGUCAUGUCAUGCAAGUCAUAACCCACUCUCUCUCUCUCUCUCUCUCUAAAAUACUAGGAGUAGAUCCCUUCACUAGUUCACUUCAACUUCAAGGCCCCCAAUUCUUUUCCUUUCUCAGUUCCUCAUACAUUUUGUUUGCGCCCCCCUCGGCCAGCUCAUUCACUCAACACCAACACCAAACCCUUCUCUCUCUCUCUCUCUCUCUCUCUCUCUCUCUCUCCUCAUUUUCAACGUUUUCUCCACCAGAUCUCUCGGACUUGCCCUUUGGAGAUGCGCGCUCUUUGAGAUUUCCCUCUCCUCGUGAUUUUCUGGGUCCUCUCUCUCUCUCUCUCUCUCUCUCUCUCUCUCUUAAAGACUGCAUUUUUACCUAUUUUUAUACCAAGAUUAUUUAACACCUGCAAACCCAAGUAUCACCACUCGAUUCUCGACAUAACCCAUUUUCGCGUAUCCUAUCUUCGUCUAAUUUUCCGUUUUUCUCUUUCUUUUUUCGUUGCGAAAACAGGGUUCUUUUCGGAGAGAGAGAAAAAAACAAUGGAGAACAAUGGAGUAGAGAGAGAAGCGGCGGCGGCGGCGGGUGUGGUGAUGUUCAGCGAGGAAGAGGUGAGAGAGAUAAGUGGGUUUAAGAAAGGAGGAGCCGACGAUGAUUACGUGGAGGUGACGUGUGGGUGUACCAGCCACCGAUACGGUGAUGCUGUUGGGAGGCUUAGGGUUUUCGUCAGUGGUGACCUUGAAAUCACCUGCGAGUGCACCCCUGGUUGUCAGGAAGAUAAGCUGACCCCCGCUGCAUUUGAGAAGCAUUCUGGUAGAGAAACAGCAAGGAAAUGGAAAAAUAAUCUUUGGGUCAUUGUUAAUGGAGAGAAGGUUCCUUUGUACAAGACACCGCUGCUUAAAUAUUACAGUCAAGCAUUGAAAGGUGCCAAUAGGUCUCACAGAUCACAGAACGGGCGAGUUUGUCAUCGUGAUGAGUUUGUUCGCUGCACUAUGUGUAACAAAGAGCGAAGAUUUCGUCUUCGCAACAAAGAUGAAUGCCGGAUGUAUCAUGAUGCAUUGGCAGAUGAAAAUUGGAAGUGCGCUGAUAUGCCAUAUGACAAAGUAACUUGCGAAUAUGACGAAGAACGGGCAAGUCGCAGGGUGUAUAGAGGGUGCUCCCGCUCUCCAACGUGCAAAGGUUGCACCUCUUGUGUUUGCUUUGGUUGUGAAAUCUGUCGUUUUUCAGACUGCGGCUGCCAAACUUGCAUCGACUUUACUAGGAAUGUGAAACCUUGAAACUCCUAGAAGCUUAUGGUUCCUUUCAAUUCUUAGUCCGAAAGUUCCUUUUCCCUUGGGUGGGUUAUUUUUUCCCCAUUAUUACUUCAAUUUAACCCCCAUCCAGCAUUUACAGAAAGCUUCAUUACAAUGAAGCUUUCUGAAGACUUGAAUUUUUAAUUUAGUCCCGGUAAUCACAGUUGACUGGUUUAGAACAAGCAGAUCCAGUAAUUUAUUCCCUUUAUUGAAAUGCAGUCUUCAGAACGAGUCUCUUUUUGCUA